GGCCCGAAGAUGGUGGGGAAAGUGAGGCGCCUGCGGACCAGGUGGCACCAGGCCGCCGUCAGGGCGCCGGAGCCCGCGCAGGCGCAGAAGGCGGCGGCGGCGGCGUGGAGCGGCCCGGACGGGGGGGAUUGGGGCUUCUUGACCUCCAAUAUCUUCGCCGGAACGAAGAUCGACCCCAAAGCGUUGGUUCAGAAAUUGGAUUCGGACACGAGAAGCGUCAUCUCCGUCAAAAAAGUUUCAGGUGCAGAAGCAAAACCCAUUUUGUCCAAGAAAGAAAAAAUGAAGCAGAGACGGGAAAGGUGGCAGCAGAAAAUAGAAGCUGUGAAGAUGGCUCAACAGAAGCAUAAAGCCGCGAUGAAGCGGAAAGCCACACCUGUGGUAGGAGAUAUGCAUCCAUUAAUGGAUGCUCUGCCAGAACUCUCGGAACUAAUAACCACCAGUAAAUCCAGGAAACAGCGUAGAAGCAAUGUGAAGAAGAAGGCCGAACCGACGGAUUUUAAUCGGAUGAAUCCAGCUCAGAAGCGCAAACUCCUGGAGGAAGAAAUGGCCCGAUUUCAGGAGGUCAUAGCCAACCCUUCUUACCGCGCCAACCCGCUCACGGCCAUCAGCGAGCAUCUUUCCAAGAAGAUGAGACAGGAGGAGAUGGAGAGGCCCUAGAAGAAACAAAAGCACCAAAGAGGCAUGGAGAGGGGUGGGAUGUGGCUGGUAGGAGAGGAAGGCGUCUUGCCCCCUGGGAGCUGAACUCCAAGUUUGGAACAAACUCAGUGUCUUAGGGCACACGGGAAUGCAUUCCUGCGUCUCGGUUUCCUCACCUCCUCCAACAAAUUGCCCUACCUCACAGGGUUGUUGUGAGGAAUCAGUAAUAAAGCGAUAGUGAAACGCA